AUGCGUUGGCAGGCAGUGCCGCUAAACCUCUUUCCCUUCUACCGCGAUUCGUUCGCUCAAUGGAAAAGAUCCGGUGGCCCAUCUCCAUAUCCGCUACUCCAGCUUUACCAUAAUGUGCACAACGCCGAACGCUGCACUGCGGAACGGAAGACGAGGGCGGAAUCGACCGCUCAUCGUGAACGCACGCGAACGCAGGUACAGUCAUGCAACGCACGUAGUAUCGAUUUGGCGAAGUGA